AUGGAGAAUGAGGUUAUCGCGAGCUCCAAUUUCUCGAAGAAACCCCGGCCGAGUUCUGCCGAGUCACGUGAUCUGGAACCUACAAUACCGGCAUUCGGGGGUAUCGUCAUGGACAACUACAUUGAUGCCCGAUUUGAGCGGGUUGAGAAGGCAUUGGCCAGUCUGGUCGAAUCCGUCUCAAAAUAUCACCCAUACGCCAAACAGGCGCAGGACCUUCAAGACGCAGACCGGGAGCUUAUGGAGAGGCACCAAAAUAAUCACCUUCGCCUUCAAAAACUGCGAGCUACUUCCUCUUCCCUCGAUGCACAGAUUCGCGAAACCCUCACCAGUCUCGCCUCGACCCGAAAAGACAUCACCACGACACACAUCACCGUCGAACAAGACGGGCCCCAUUACAGUAUCAAGUACGAUGAACUCCUAAACUAUGCCCGCCGCAUUAGCAAGACAACCCUCCCUCCAGCCGGCGUUACGAACGGUCUCCCUCCGGAGAGCGGCAACCUCUCUCAAGACCAGCCCGCUAGUGCAACCAGCGCAGUACCCGUCAAUGGUAUGCAGAGCGGCGCUACGAGCGCAUCCCCAACACCAACCGCCCACUCCCAACAACAACAACAACAACAACAACAACAACAACAACACACCCAGCUACCGGACCCGCCGGGCGGCCCGAAUGGAACCUCCUCCUCCUCCCAGCAACCCAGCGAACCACACACCACGCAACAAUCAGGCAUCACCUCCUUCUCCUCCACCCAAGGCGGCUCGCGGACCACCCUCCCCGACGGCCUCCGGAACGUCCUCGACCCGAAUUUCGGCGUGCACUUCAUCCCCUGGCCGAACGAGUACCAGAUUGGCGGCGGCGCGCUGGCGGCCGUGCAGGACCUGGCGGGGCGCGGCAUCGACCCGAAGGGACACGACCCGGAGGCGGUGGCGGCCGAGAAGCGUCGCCUCGAGGAGGCCGAGAGGGCGGCGCGCGAGGAGGAGGAGCGCCGGAAGCGCGAGGAAGACAAGCGGCGGCGCGAGGAAUGGGAGGCCAACGCCGCGCGGAGGCAGGCUAUGGACGAUCAGCGGAGGGAGAGUGCCGUUUCGCCUGGCGCGGGAGCGGGUGCCGGUGGGCAGCACAAGAACACCCAGUUUCAGUUUACGAGUCUAGACGUGGACGAUGACGAUGACGACUGA